GUUCUUUCUGAUGUCAGAAGCCGGAGUGAACAUAUCCGUCAGAAGCCAAAUCCAGGGCUGGAAAGUGGCAACAUCAGUGGCCGGGGGCGGGCUGGAGAGGGCCGGGUGUUAGGCCGGCCCAGGAUGGACUCGCGGGUGUCAGAACUAUUUGGGGGCUGCUGCCGGCCUGUGGGGGGCGGGAACGGCGGGGUUCUGCGAGGCCGCGCUGGUAGCGGCUCCGGCAGUGGCAGCGGUUCUUCCAAGGGGAGGAAGAAGAACGGGCGACACCGGGGGGCAAAGGCCAACAACCCGCCCUACCUGCCCCCGGAGGCAGAAGAUGGAAACAUAGAAUACAAGCUGAAGCUAGUUAAUCCUUCCCAGUACCGCUUUGAACACCUAGUAACGCAGAUGAAGUGGCGACUACAAGAAGGCCGUGGUGAGGCAGUGUACCAGAUUGGUGUAGAGGACAACGGCCUGCUGGUAGGACUGUCAGAAGAGGAGAUGCGUGCCUCUCUCAAAACUCUGCGGCGAAUGGCUGAGAAAGUAGGAGCUGACAUCACUGUGCUAAGGGAAAGAGAAGUGGAUUAUGAGAGUGAUAUUCCUAGGAAGAUAACGGAAGUCCUUGUCCGAAAGGUCCCAGAUAAUCAGCAGUUCCUAGAUCUCCGAGUGGCUGUACUUGGGAAUGUGGAUUCGGGCAAGUCAACUCUAUUGGGUGUCUUGACGCAAGGAGAGCUGGAUAAUGGGCGAGGUAGAGCUCGUCUCAAUCUCUUCCGGCAUCUGCAUGAGAUCCAGUCUGGGAGGACAUCCAGCAUCAGUUUUGAAAUUCUUGGCUUUAACAGCAAGGGAGAGGUGGUGAACUACAGUGAUUCACGGACAGCUGAAGAGAUCUGUGAGUGCUCCUCCAAAAUGAUCACCUUCAUUGACUUGGCUGGCCAUCACAAGUACCUGAAAACCACUAUCUUUGGGCUCACGAGCUACUGCCCAGACUUUGCAAUGCUGGUGGUGAGCGCCAAUACAGGAAUUGCAGGUACAACACGAGAACAUCUAGGCUUGGCUAUGGCCCUCAAGGUCCCUUUCUUCAUUGUCAUUAGCAAAGUGGACUUGUGCUCAAAAGCCACUGUGGAGCGGACAGUAAAGCAGCUGGAGCGGAUCCUGAAGCAGCCUGGCUGCAACAAGCUCCCCUUGCUAGUAACAUCAGACGAUGAUGCUGUCACAGCAGCACAGCAAUUUGCACAAUCUCCCAACAUCACUCCUAUCUUCACCUUGUCCAGUGUAUCUGGAGAGAACUUGGAUCUUCUGAAAGUUUUUCUCAACAUCCUUCCUCCUCUGACAAAUAGCAAGGAACAGGAGGAGCUGAUGCAACAGCUCACUGAGUUCCAGGUGGAUGAAAUCUACACUGUACCUGAGGUGGGCACUGUUGUUGGAGGAACUCUGUCAAGUGGGAUAUGUAGAGAGGGAGAUAACUUGGUGGUUGGUCCAACUGAUGAUGGCAAGUUCCUCCAACUGAAAGUGUGCAGUAUGCAACGAAAUCGUUCGGCGUGCCGUGUGCUUCGGGCUGGGCAAGCUGCCACGCUGGCUCUUGGACACUUUGACCGCUCACUGCUGCGCAAAGGCAUGGUGAUGGUAAGCCCAGAGAUGAACCCCACCAUUUGCUCAGUGUUUGAAGCCGAAAUUGUUCUGCUCUUCCACGCCACGACUUUCCGGAAGGGAUUUCAAGUAACAGUGCACGUUGGCAAUGUACGGCAAACAGCAGUUGUGGAGAAGAUCCAUGGGAAGGAUAAGCUGCGUACAGGAGAAAAGGCUGUGGUUUGUUUCAGAUUCAUUAAACAUCCAGAAUAUCUGAAGAUAGGAGCCAAAUUGCUGUUCUGUGAAGGAGUUACCAAAGGUAUUGGACAUGUCACUUGCAUCCAAGCUAUCACCCUUGGAGAGAAUGGACUGGAUCAUGAUCUAAGUUCUGAGCUAGUCAGCUUCUGACUUGCAUCAAAUCACUGGGGUUUCCUGAUGUUAGCAAUAGGGGAAGGGAAGGAUCUCUCCCCACCAUCUAGAGCUGCUGCUGGCCGGUCGAUUUAUGUGGGCACAUCUCCAGUUUUGCAUCUGCAGAAGCCAGAAUUGCGUCUUGGAUUGAAUGCCCUCCCUGGAGCAAGUUAAGCAUGUUGUUUGUACAUCACCUGCUGCUUUCAUAUCCUUGCCUUCCCUGGAAUAGACAAGAGAGCGGCUGCAACUUUGCCUGGGCCAGCAACUCCUGAUUUUGUUGACUAUUGUUGGGAAGUUACUUUCAGGUAGAGACUCUUAGUGUGUUGGAUUGUAGCUGGGGAGUCUACCUGUGAGAAAGCAAUAGUGGGCCUAGAAUUGCCCACAGGGCUCAGUCUUUGUUGUCCUGCUGCCUGAUUUUACAGGCUGCCUGUGACAGUUGAAGAGCUGAAACUAGAAGUUUCAGCUGAAAGGUUUGCAUUGCUCACAGUACAGCUCAGGACGUUUCUAAUCACUUUUAAACUGUGUUUGUUUCAUUUUAAUCCAAUAGCUCCUCUAGUCUCCCUCUCCCCACCACCAUUGUGUGCUGAUGUUUAGCAGAUAAUUCGUGUGGGUUGAUUUUUUAAAGAAAGGUAGGUUGGGGUGUGGGAGAAGAGGAAUCUCUCCCUGCAAUAAACCUUUUCUGAUGGUAACUACAGACCCCAGCGAAUGCACUAGAUGCUGUCAUGCCCCCACAGGCAUCCUAGCCAGCCAGUUUUUCUUGAGAGUUGAGCAGGUACCCUAUACAUGAAGUGGCUUCCUAGAGUAGAACUGACUACUGUAGCACUCAAAACACCUUGUACUACUUUGUUGGCAGUUUUUUGAGCUGCUGUGUUUGCCAUCUUUAUAGAUCUGUGCAGUCUGUCUUUUGUUAAGAGUUUAAUAGCAUCCCAAACUUGUUCAUUUGGAAAUAUGCCUUACUUUUCCCAAAGCAGUAAUGACUGUUUGGCAAGCAUAGGAAGAGUUGAAGCAUUACUGCAAUUAUGAUUCCCUUUGAGCAUUUUUACUUCACAGAAAACCAUUUUAAUAUCUAAGAUUUCAAUCUGUCUGCUUCAAAGUGUAGUUCAUUUCUAGAGCUGGAAAUAGCGUAGGACAGUCAAACAUUGUAGGAUAUCUUAUUUUUAAUGUUCUAGUGGGAAAUUUGAUUUUAAAAAAUUAGCAAUGCUUUUUUUGUUUUUACUUUACUAUUCCCAUAUAUCUUAGCCACUGAUGCACUGAGGGUUCAACUGCUAGAGUCAAUGCGGCCGGUGAAAAAUGAUCAAUUUUUAUCAUUAUAAAUGUUUAAGUAUAAAACACUCCCUUCUGUUGGUACACCUCUGUCCUACAGCUGUUUAAUUAAUGUAACUAUUCUUGAGAUUUUUAACAUACUGUUAUUAAAGCUGUAUAAAUAUAACUCAUUCUAAGUUGAUGCUUUUUAGGUUUCUGCUGAUAAUCCUUUCAAUAGCACAGUUUACUUACUAUUAAGUUACAGUACAAGUGACCUAAGUAUCAUGGAUACUGGCUGAUGAAACUGGUUUCUCUCAAUUUCCCUUUAAUCACUCGGGUUGGUUCCACACAAGGCAUUUUUGGAUCACUUGUUUUAGAAAAUACAAGGAGGAAAACUGGCCUAAUGCAGUCCUCUAGGGGGUUUGCUACAGCCCAUUACCACUAUAAACUUGCCCUGUGGGCAGAAUAGGUGUUUUUCCUACAUUUUACAGUUAUGGUAGAGUUUAUUCCAUUAUAGACACACAUUCAAAAGUGCUAAUUCCUCAGCUUAUCUGAAAUCUGGUUGUCUCCUGUCUGCCUUCUACUGCGUGAAUGUUCUCAGUGCCAUGCUUUUCAUAUUCACUGUUUGUGGAUCCUGUAAAGUGGAGAGGUGUUUUCAUCUCCCUGUGUGUAUAUAUAUAUAUAUAUAUAUAAUGUACAAAAUAAAGAUGUUUUAUUGAAAACAAUAAA